AUGCUCACCUCCGGUUUUACCAACACCCCGCUUACAAAGUCCCUCCUCAUAUACACGAUCGCCUCCUCCAUCGCCCUCUCCAUCCUCGACAUCAAACAUCUUGGCGCAAUCCAUGUAUCGCCCCAUUUCUGGCCAUAUGCGCAAUUCUGGCGCGCUCUCCUCUGGCAAAUUGUUGGCUUUUCCAACUCCACCGAAGCCUUGUUCGCCGCAAUGCUGGUGUACCACGUACGCGUCAUAGAGCGGGCAUGGGGCAAGCGAAAGAUGGCCACCUUCCUCCUAACAACGCUCCCAUACACAACUCUCCUCCCACCCCUCCUUCUAACUCUUGUUGCUCGCCCACUCUCCCUCAACACACUCAAUUACCUCCCCUCUGGACCAACAGCAAUGGUAUUUGCUCUUCUGGCUCAGUACUACGCCACAAUUCCACAUGUCUACCGAUACCGCGUCGGGACAACAGCUUCCUCUAACACCAGAGCUCCUGAUACCACAACCCCAACAGCAAAACCAACACCAAAGGGCCUAACCCUCCUGCUCUCGGACAAAUCAACCACCUACCUUGUCGCCGCACAGCUCGCCCUCUCCCAGUUCCCCGCUAUGCUCCUCCCGUCUGCCGUUGGCUGGAUCGUCGGAAUAGCCUGGCGUGCCGAGCUCCUACCAGGUCUAUCCCCAUCUGCAACGGGCUUCCGUGUUCCAGCAUGGAUGGUCGGAGAACGGGAGCGGAGGAGCGGGGUUGCAAAUGGAAGUGCGGCGGAGCGGGAGCGAUAUGAGGAUUUGAGAAGAAGGUUGGAGGGUGAGGCGGCUGCUUCUAGCUCCGGAUUGGAGAGUGGUUCUGGGAGGAGGAGGAAUGUUAAUGGAGGUGGGGAGGGUGAGGGUCGGCAGGAGAAUGGGGGAUUCAUGGAGAGGUUGAGGGGGGCUUGGUGA